AUGGAGAGUAAAAAAAAUUGUAUUAUUUUUUCGUUGUAUAGUGAUAAUAAGAACCAAAAAGGAACAUUACGUUAUAUUUCUUUUAAACUCAUUUGCUUAAGUUUAUAUGUAAUUGGAUUUUACUAUGUUUUUAUAAAUACAUCUUUAGAGAACAAGGGCUUACAAAUUGUUAAUAUUAGCAAUGUAUAUGAACGAAAUUUAAGUGAAGCAGAAAAAAAUAGUAACGGUUCACAAAGGAAAAGAAAUUUAAAACUUAAAAAUGAAGAUGUAAAUAAAACAAAA